AUGGCGAAGUCUUGGGAUAACGUUUCGAAAAAAUACUGCGAGGACGAUAACAACAUGGACGAAGGCAGCGAGAAAUCUUUAGGAUGCUUUAGACGGCUGAUACUUUCGUUGCGGAUCAAUCCCAACUUAAUUAUGUUAAAAGUGACAUUAUUUGUGAUGUACGGAGCUACAGCGUCGCUCCUACCGUACUUGACUAUACACAUGCAAAGUAUAGGACUAACUGUGCCUGAAAUAUCAUUUGUGUAUUUAGCAUUGCCCUUCACCACCUUUCUAAGUCCUCCUAUAACAGGAUUUCUGGUGGAUCGAUUUGGAGAAUAUAAACCGGUUGUGAUUACAGCACUUAUACUGAAUGCUGGCUUUCAUCAUUCGUUGCUAUUGAUACCGCAUCAAGAGACACCAGGGAUCAUACCAUCGGCGUACGUUAUGCGUCAUCCCAUCAAACAGAGUGUUGAGAUUUGGUGGAGUCCAUGCCCUAGCAGAGAAUGUCCUGAUGAGGAUGAACAAGUGGAUUUCGUCCUGGACAGAUGCGUGGACCACUGCCUGCUGUUACGUCCUACGGAGAGUCCGACCAGCGAUCCUUCUGACGAUAAAGAUGACUUGGACUUCCAUAUAAGUCACAAAAUUAAACCUCCGAACUUAUCUAAUAGCAGUUAUCUAAACAUGACAGAUAACGAUGAAGAUUACAACGAUGCAGCAUUCUUUCUGAUAGAAGUUCACGACGAUUUAGGAGAACCCAAAGAACAACUUGGAAUCGAAAUGGAGCGGGAUGAUAAUGACACAGUAACGGACUUUCGAUCCAGAUUUGGCGAGAAGUUAUUAAUAGCGCAAGGGGUAAAUAUAACUGCUCUAGAUAAAGAGGAUCUGAGAUGCGGGGGUCUUGUUAUGUUACAUAAUAUGACAAAAUUGUCGCAGCAACGUCUUGAAUCGCUUUCUGCGGAUUGUAUGGUUCAAAAAUGUGAUUUUAGGAAGGGUGGUCCAGAUAUUUGUCCACCCGAUUACAAAGAAAGUGAUGACAAAACUUUCUACAUUUAUUUCUUCCUGAGAUUCAUGGGUACUAUAAUGCUAUCAGCAGGCGUCACGAUAAUGGAUCCAAUAGCUUUGACGAUGAUUCAAAAAUACGGUGGUGACUUUGGCAGGGAAAGAUUGUUUUCUAGCAUUGGAAUGGCGAUAUUUUCACCUAUCACUGGUAUGCUUAUAGAUAUGAGGAGUAAACAAGUUGGUUAUACAGACUACUCAGCUGCUUUUUAUACCUACGACAUUUUACUUCUAAUAUCAGCAGUCACUGUAGCUGCAAUGCCACUGGGAGCCAAGUUGCCAGCAGAUAAUUUGUUACGCGACUUAAUAAACAUUAUCAAAAUGCCACAUAUUAUUAUAUUUAUCUUCUUCCUAUUCGCUUUAGGAAAUUUUUGGGGUUUCAUUGAAUCAUACUUAUUUUUAUAUCUAAAGGAAUUGGGAGCACCGAAUUUUUUACUUGGAAUAACCGUGACCGUGGGCACACUGAGCAGCAUCCCGUUCCUUUACGGGGCGGAUGCCAUCACCGCCCGCAUCGGCCACGUCAACGUCAUCAUUGUCGCGUUCUUUUCCCACGCUGCUAGGCUUGUUGGCUACUCCUUUAUCGAAAACUCUUGGUGGUGUUUUCCGUUUGAAGCCAUGGAAUCAUUAUCAGUGCACUUAAUGUGGGUCGCGGCAGCUACUUACUGCGCCAUGCUGGCUCCGAAAAGCCUGUUGGCAACACUCAUUGGCGUGUUAGGGAUGGCACAUUUUAGUUUGGGAAGAGGCAGUGGCAGUUUCGGAGGUGGUCUGCUCAUAGCGUCUCUUGGUACUAGGGAAGCUUUUCGUUACAUGGGCCUGAUUGCUUUCUUAGGUGGCAUCUUGUACGGUAUUUUGCAUUACUUCUGGUUGAGGAAAAUCAACAUGUCUAGUAUGCGCGAAGUUUGUGAACCGGAUACAGAAAGCGGAGAAGGUGACAAAUUAAACGGAGAACCGCUGAGGAAGGAUGCCGAAACAAUGAUUUCACUUGAGAGACUGCAUAUUAUCACUCGUUUUAAUCCUUUAGGUUCAUUACACUCCUUGCGUAGAAGUUCACGCGCUAGACUAUCACAAGGGGAUAUCAACGAGUUGUGCAGAAGCCGUAGCGGCAGUAACAGUCAGAGACGCUGCAGCAACAUUGAGAUUUUGCUCAAGACUCCGCAAGGCUCAGCGUCAAAGGUCGAUUUACUUCGGUCAGCGCUAGAGAUCACCCAUCAACAAGGAAGGGGUCACAUAUCUAACCCAGUAUUGUCUACUUCAAAUAGACCAACGCAUAAUCCUUACAAGUUGGCCAACAGCGCUCCGAAGCUCACACAACGCAAUAACAUAUCUCAACCGGCACUCGCUGAAUUCGACGCACGUCGUCGUGACUCCAUACCUGAAGAGGCGGAAGAAGAUCGCCUGGCUGCCGCGGCAAAGUUGCCAGCAAAGACCAAAAGUGACCACUUGCCUCCUCCACCGACCUACGACGAAGCUACCAAAGAACAUAGAAAAAGUUGGCAUUCUGAUGAUAGUACCCCUACGUAG